AACUGAUCACUUAAGAACUGAAACCCUGGCUAGGGUUUUGGAUCCAAAUUGGCAAAUACUCCUCCACCAAUCUCUCUGUCUCUCUCGUGAAAACAUGCAACAGUUUGAUAUCUUCUACUAGAAAAAGAUGGCAUUUUGGUGUAGAAUUAGCCGCUUCAAGCCAAAGCACUUCUCACAUCAUAUUCAAAGACAUUACGUUGGCAUCCCAAAUGGUGCUCCUACCUAUUCAAACGCGAAGCACACCGACCGACGUAUCGUGGAAAAUCCAUAUUGGGUAAAUCACGUCGGACCCAGUAGCUUUUGCAACAAUGUCAGGUUUUUCGCUGCACCAGUUCAGGCAAAGCCGAAGGAAAAGAAGGACACGAGUGGGCCGCGUUUGAAUGAACAAAUCAUAGCAUCAGUUAUUAGGCUUGUGACAGAGGAAGGGCACGAAAAACUCUCAAGGCAUGAAGCACUCGAACGUGCCAGGAAGCUCAAACUUGAUUUAGUGGAGGUUCAAAGAAAUGCUGAUCCACCUGUCUGUAGACUCAUGGAUUUCCACAGAGAAAAGUACAAACAACAGUUAAAGGAAAAAGACCGUGCUAAAACCAAGUCUGAUGUGACUUUGCGAAAAGGAGACUGCAAAGAAGUUCGCUUUUCAGGGAAAACAGAGUUAAAGGACUUAAAGAUGAAAGCAGAGCAAAUUAAAAGAUUGAUGGAGCGUGGUUUCCGGGUCAAGUGCAGGGCCAUGGGUAAAGAAGAUCAGGACUUGGGAGGAUUGUUAUCUCGUCUCUCUGCUUUGAUUGAAGAUGUAUCAAUUGUGGAAAGUGGACCAUCAGUGAGAGAAACAGAGGCACAUGUGAUAGUGAGGCACGUUAAAUUUGGCCCAUCCAAGAAAGGAGGUGGGAAAAAAUCGAAGGUUGUAGGGGAUAAAAAUGCCAAGGUUCAGAUGGUUACCACUGCACCAGGAGCUGUUAAUUCCAUUGAUCCCAUUGAAGAACUUAGUUCUGCUGAAUCAGAAACUGAGGAAGGUAACUUUUCUGAUGAAGACCUGCCUAAAGAUAAAAAUCUUGAAGAUGAUAAGAAUUGCUGGUCAGUGGAUGGUGCUACUGAUGACUUUGACAAAGUGUUCCAGUUUGGUGGUGAUGUGAAUGGUGCAACUUUGGGUUCUACCGAUAAACAAUUGAGAACUGCUCAAAAAACUGCCUCUCCUUUGUCAGAUAUUAAUAUUUCAGACACUUUGCGCUCUGCUCCACCACCUGAGUUUAUGCAAACAAAUCAAGUACCAUCCUCCCCACAAGGGCAAAAUAGGUACAAAAGAAGUGAGCCAAGGAAUCAGUUUCCAUCACCAAGACAAGUUGAUAAUAGGGGUCCAGAGAUGAGAGACUCAAUGAGGCCAGACCUCCAAUUUCCAAAUCAAAGAAGGCAGCCCCCACUGGAUGCGAAUUUCUCUCCAGCAAUACCAGAAAGCAGUAAAGUCAGCAUUGAUGCUUCUGAAUUCAGAAACUCAAAGCUUCAUCUAAAUAGCAUGCCCAAGCGAGAACCAAGUCCCCCUGGCACUCCCAAUGCCACAGCACCCGGUUAUGGCAUUUUUAGUGCUCCAAAUGCUCCUGGGAGGCGAGUUGCAGGUGCAGAAGUUCAAGGGAAAAGGGAAGGAAAUCUUCAUGAUUCCUUAAGGAAUCCGGGCACAGGAGGGGUAUCACCAAAUACGAACUUGUCCAAUUUAAAUCCUGGUGACACCCAAAGGCCAGACCUUGACAAGGGUGGGACGAAGGGAUGGGGAGUAUUUAGUCGAGAAAACUCGAAUGCGAUGACAAACCAGACAUCUAAGCCAAACUGAGGUGCAGAAAUAGUGUAUACGUUAUAUUGAUAAUUGAAACUGACUAUGUUUCCGUAAGUUUUGGUGAGGAUGAUUACUUAUCACCCUGGGAUGAACUCAACAUGAUUUUUGUCUUUUUGAUGAGCUACAAACUUACAUUUGCCUGGACCCGACACAAUUCAUGUCCUGAUGUACGGGAUAAAUAACAAAAUAUGUAAUUGUUCAAUAA